GGCGCCCUUUCUGGGCUCGGCGCGGGCGGUGGCGUGAGGGGCUCAGGCGGAGACAUGUCCUCGGGGGUGGCCGCGCGUCGCGACGCUAAGAAGCUUGUGCGGUCGCCCAGCGGCCUGCGCAUGGUGCCGGAGCACCGCGCCUUCGGAAGCCCGUUUGGCUUGGAGGAGCCGCAGUGGGUCCCGGACAAGGAGUGCCCAAGAUGUAUGCAGUGUGAUGCCAAAUUUGACUUUAUCACCAGAAAGCACCACUGCCGCCGCUGUGGGAAAUGCUUCUGCGACAGGUGCUGCAGCCAGAAGGUGCCACUUCGGCGCAUGUGCUUUGUGGACCCAGUGCGCCAGUGUGCAGAGUGUGCCCUGGUAUCUCACCGUGAGGCUGAGUUUUAUGACAAGCAGCUCAAGGUGCUCCUAAGUGGAGCUACCUUCCUUGUUACUUUCGGGGACUCAGAGAAGCCUGAGACUAUGGUUUGCCGUCUUUCCAACAACCAGAGGUGCCUGAUUCUGGACGGGGACAACCAUCACGAAAUUGAGAUUGCACAUGUCUGUACUGUGCAGAUUCUCACAGAAGGCUUCACUCCUGGAGUAGAAAAAGACAUUCACACUUACACCAGCCUCCUGGGGAGCCUGCCUGCCUCUGAAGCAGGCAGCACUCGAGCCACAGGCAUGUUCCUGCAGUAUACAGUGCCAGGGGCAGAGGCUGCAACACAGCUGCGGCUGAUGGCUGGAGAGGAUGCAAAUGGCAGCAAGAGGCAGGCAGCAGCAUGGCUGGCGGCCAUGCACAAGGCUACCAAGCUCCUCUAUGAAUCACGAGACCAGUAACUGCAAGGGAACUGAGCUCAGCACAGGUUACAAAGUCCAAGCUGCUUGCCCUGCUUGAGCACUCAGGGCUCUGCUGUGUGUGUGCUUGGAAAUGCAAUUCAAGUAUCUGGAAGCAGAGUGUUCACUCACCUAGUGCAAUAUGUACACAGUUGAUUAACGCUUUAAAGAGCUUAUGUUGUAGUGUAUUGCUGGUACUUAUCAGGGUUGGGAGAAACUGCACUACAGUACUAAAUCAGUUUUAAUAUAACCUGUACCAUGUUUAUAAGUUCCCAGGUUUAUAAGAGAUUUUUGGCCCUGUUCCCACAGAAACAAACUAGGCGGUGGUCACUCAGGCCCCUACUUUAGCGUUGGACCCUGCCUAUCUCCAUUUACAAAGCCUUAGCCUGUUUAUGACUCCACUUACCUUGUCACUUAAGGGAGUCAUCACAAGCUUCUGUGUUUUCUACUUUGCACUAUUUCACUUUAGUAAAAUGACUGUACAGUAAUUUGUAUAUAAAAUGUAUGAUUAAAACUUAUUUUGAAAGUA